AUGGCUUAUUUACUUAUUUAUGUCGAUGAUAUUAUUCUUACCACGUCACAUGAAACUCUCCGAGUCAAUCUCAUACAUCAGCUGGCAGCCGAAUUUGACAUGAAGGAUAUCGGACCACUGAGUCAUUUUUUGGGGAUUCAUGUAACACGACAGCAUGGUACUAUGUUCUUGUCACAUCAAUCAUAUGCGUUAGAUAUUAUUGAUCGGGCUGGUAUGUCAUCCUGCAAGUCAGUUGCUACUCCAGUGGAUACAAAACCUAAACUUAGUGCUUCUUCAAGUGCACCGUUUGAGGACCCUACGUUAUAUCGUAGUCUGGCUGGAGCUCUUCAGUAUCUUACCUUCACCAGACCUGAUAUUAGCUAUGCAGUUCAACAAGGCACUACCUCAUUUGGUCUUAGCUUGGGUACCUUUACUGAUCUCUUUUUACGCGCAUACACUGAUGCUGAUUGGGUUGGGUGCCCGGAUACUCGACGCUCUACUUCAGGCUAUUGUGUUUAUUUGGGAUCUAAUUUAUUAUCUUGGUCUUCUAAGUAUCAGGCUGUCGUAUCUCGUUCUAGUGCGGAGGCGGAAUACCGGGGUGUUGCAAAUGUGGUGGCAGAAUUAUGUUGGCUUGGAAACUUAUUGCUAGAAUUACGUCGCCCCUUACGGAAGGCUAGUGUGGUUUAUUGUGAUAAUAUCAGUGCAGUUUAUUUAUCUGGGAACCCGGUACAGCAUCAGCGUACCAAACAUAUUGAGCUGGAUAUACAUUUUGUUCGAGACUUGGUUCAGCGUGGUGAUGUGCGGAUUCUUCAUAUCCCGUCUCGGUAUCAAAUAGCUGACAUUUUUACAAAAGGCCUGCCGCGGGUAUUAUUUGAUGAUUUUCGGUCCAGUCUAAGCAUUCGGCCUCCUCUCGCUUCGACUGCGGGGGUGUAA